GAUCCAAGUUCUCACUCCCAUCCGUGCCUCUCGAGUCCAGACGCCACGCCGUUAUCAUUUAUUUAUUAAUUAUCUAUUGUUGUAAUUACCCAGAAAUAGUGGAAGUGAGUAAAAAACGUGGGGAUGACGUGGGGUGUCAUCGGUGAUUGGAAUUUUUGGGGGUCAAUUGUCCAUGACGAUGGUGUAGACUGUGGUCCAUUGUUUUGACGCGAGACAACGCAGAAAUGGCGGAUGUUGUAUUUAUAACGCACUUUCUGCUGUUGUUGACAUUGAGGAUUGGAUCAGCUGAACGUCAACGAACACCUCUCUUAGAAGAGCCGAAUGGUCUGGACAGUGAAGAGCCUCCAGAAUCUCUGGACCAAAAAUUAACCAACAGUAUAGGACGCAGGUCGUAUUCCUGCUACUCAUGUGAAGGGGAUGAAUGUCGCAGGGCAAGCCCUGGGGCUAUUUGUGACAAUGCAAUUGCGUGCUGGAAGUCUAGGGUUAGGGAGUCCGAUGGCAGGGAACGAGUGAAGCGUGGCUGUACGACAGACCCAGAUCAAGUUCCAUUGAUAUGCAAUAAAUUGGCGCCUGGCAGUCGCCACGGGGCUCUUUAUCACGUCGAGUGUUGCUACAGUGAUUACUGUAAUGAUGGACCAUUUCCAAUUCUCGAACGUCUGGAACCUGAUAAGGAGGAUUAUGCUGCCAAACUCACUCUCGCCAUCCUGGGACCGAUAGUAGGCCUGGCAGCGGUUGCUGGGGGUGUGUUGUUUUGUCUACUAGCUAGGAGAACCCGGAGAAAACGUCCAUUGCCAAAACGCAAUAAACUUCUCGUUGAUUCUGAAAUGGAGCCAUCGAUGCUGCAUUUUCCCUCAGCCUCGCAGAACUCGUCGUCUAGUUAUCAUCCCAAUGAGCUGAGGGCUACGGCUGCCGGUGACAGCACCCUCAGAGAGUACCUCGACGGCCGGAGUUUAACGAGUGGUUCAGGGUCAGGUCUGCCCCUCCUGGUGCAGCGAACCCUAGCGAAGCAAGUGGCCUUAGUGGAGUGCCUGGGCGCUGGUGGUGGCGGUGGUUUCGGUGGAGAGGUGUGGAGAGGAGUGUGGCAUGGAGAAUCAGUUGCAGUUAAAAUUUAUUUCUCCAGGGAUGAGGCAGCCUGGGCCCGUGAGACUGAAGUCUACUCCCAACUGCUGCCAUCGAGGCACGACAAUAUCCUGGGAUACGUGGGUAGCGACAUGACGAGUCGUGCAAGUUGCACACAACUCUGGCUCGUCACCCACUAUCAUCCCCUGGGAUCUCUCUACGAUCACCUGAAUCGUUCACCGCAGCCUCUGACUCCCCACCAGACCCUCAACAUCUGCCUGGGGAUUGCCAACGGGCUCCUCUACCUUCACACCGAGAUCCACGGUACCAAGGGCAAACCUGCAAUGGCCCAUCGCAACCUCAAAUCCAAAACCAUUCUCGUCAAGACCAAUGGCAGUUGCGUCAUCUCAAAUUUCGCACUUGCUGUCACUCAGGAGAGAUUGGUCACUGAUCGAGUUGACCUCAGGCAGGGCACCAGGCGCUACAUGUGUCCGGAGAUCCUCGAAAAUACAUUAAAUCCCGAGUGCCUCGAGGGCUUUAGGUGUGUCGACAUCUACUCCCUGGGUCUGAUAAUGUGGGAGGUGUGCAGACGUUGCGUUAGCAAUGGAGUUGCCCUUGAUUACGCAGCCCCAUACUCCGAGUGGUUGUCCAGCACAACUCAGGAACCAUCAAUCGAAGAAAUGCGUAAACUCGUAUCACUUGAUCAACGUAGACCACCACUCCCAAAUCGCUGGCACUCAGAUCCAACCCUGACUGGCAUGGGAAAACUCAUGCGCGAGUGUUGGCACGGUAAACCCGCCGCCCGACUGCCAAUUCUACGUGUCAAAAAGACACUCAUCAAGUUGGCAGCCAACGACACACGAGUGCACUUACCUCUCGACUGACCAGAGAUUAUUAACGAAUAAUUGAAUAUAUUUCACGAGUAUUUAUUGUUAAUUCAUUGAAUUCGUUACUAGGUUUAGGCUCAUUCGAUCCUUCAUUUUAUUCGACGUUAAGAUAGAGAAAAAUUAAUUAAUCAUUGUUUGAUUUUUCGUAAUAGGGCAUUGAGAGAAGAUAUUUGUCUCGUGUGAUUUUACUCUUUUUUUCUCUCUCUCGUUAUUUUCUGGAGAACAAUUGAUCCAAUAAAUUGAUCUUGAGAAGAGAACGGGAUUGCAGGAUAAAGUGGAAUUUAUUUUCCUCGAAAUGAAGAUGAGUUUUUCGAAAUCACGAUGGGUGGAAAUUAUUGAGUUCUGGGGAAAAUGUCCGGAGAACUUUUUUCUGGGAAAAUUUAUCGGCUGCAAAAAUAUUCUUCAGUGUUUUUUAAGUUUAAUCGAUAGUUUUUUUAUUAAUUGACGAUUGAGGGAAAUGUUGGAGUUGAAGAUAUAAUUAUUCCAUGGAAAUUCCAAGUUUUUAUCGAUGAAUCGUAUUUAUUAUUCAAAAUAUCACUCAACGACGAGUGAAUUUCCUCCCUGCCCCAAAUAUUAAUCUCUCAAUGCACCACUCAUUACACCAUAUUUUCAUGUACAGGUGCCAUUAAUCCCUUGAUACAUCACGUGCGAAAAAAUUUAAUGGAAAAACUUGAAAAUUCAUUGAUAAAAAAAAAAUAAAAUAAAAAAAAA